AUGACUGUGCUAUCAUCUACAGAUCGAGAUGAGGCUGAGAAGAAGGUGAAGAGUUCGUAUUUCGAUUUGCCGGCUAUGGACGUAUCCGUUGCAUUUCCUCAAGCAACCCCAGCUUCUAAGUUCCCACCUUGCACUUCAGACUAUUACCAUUUCAAUGAACUGUUGACUCCGGAGGAGCAGGCUGUGCGGAAGAGAGUGAGGGAGUUCAUGGAGAAAGAAGUUGCUCCGAUUAUGACAGAGUACUGGGAGAAGGCAGAGUUUCCAUUCCAUAUCAUUCCAAAGCUUGGAGCUUUAGGUAUUGUUGGUGGCUCUAUUAAGGGUUAUGGCUGUCCUGGCCUCUCCAUCACAGCCAACGCCAUUGCAACAGCAGAGAUAUCUAGAGUUGAUGCAAGCUGUGGGACUUUUAAUUUGGUGCAUACCUCUUUGGGCAUGCUCACUAUUGCACUUUGUGGAUCAGAAGAACAGAAGCACAAGUAUUUGCCUUCUUUGGCUCAGAUGAAAACUGUGACUUGUUGGGCUUUGACAGAACCUGACAAUGGAAGUGAUGCAAGUGCUCUACAAACAACUGCCACAAAGGUCGGAGGAGGUUGGGUACUUACGGGACAAAAGCGUUGGAUCGGUAACAGCACCUUUGCAGAUCUGUUGAUCAUCCUUGCUAGGAAUACGACAACUAACCAAGUGAAUGGGUAUGUCAAAUUCUUGGUUUACUAG